AUGAAGAAGAAAGUUGCUAUUAUUGGAGCUGGAGCAUCUGGCUUACCAGCUAUUCGUCAUGCUCUCCUCUACAAUGUGGACGUUCAGUGUUUUGAGAGUUCUGACGAUGUUGGAGGGCUUUGGAGAUAUAAACCAACCGAAACAGAUGAAUCGUCUGUCAUGAAGACGACCGUCAUCAAUACAUCAAAAGAGAUGACCGCUUACUCGGAUUUUCCACCUCCUCCAGAAACCGCUAAUUUCAUGCAUAACACGGAAAUGUACAAAUAUUUGAAAGAUUACGCCAAACAUCAUGGCCUCAUGAAAUAUAUUAAGUUUAACCACACCGUUCAGAAUGUUGAAAAAUCAGAUAGUCAUGCAACUGAUGGAUCUUGGCUUGUGCAUUACACUGACAAUGAUAAUAAAAAGCAUCAGGAGAAAUACGAUGCUGUUCUACUAUGUUCGGGGCAUCACACAACCCCUUAUACACCGCCUGAAUGGCCGGGACAAGCAUCUUUCAAAGGACAAAUAAUACACUCUCACAGCUAUAAAGAUCACCGAGGGUAUGAGGACAAAACAGUUGUAGUAGUUGGGAUUGGAAACUCAGGUGGAGAUAUAGCUGUUGAGCUCAGCAGAAUUUGCAAACAAGUUUAUCUUGUGAUUCGACGUGGCACAUGGGUUCUCAAUCGAAUUUAUGAGUACGGUCAGCCAUUCGACCUGGCACUUAGCACGAAACUUAACGGAUAUCUCACACAAUACAUACCCAGUAGUAUUUCAUCUCGUUUCGUAGAACAUAAAUUGAACAAACGCUUCGAUCAUGAACGUUUUGGAUUGAAACCAGCUCAUCGUUUCUUUGGAGCUCAUCCAACAGUGAAUGAUGAACUUCCAAACAGAAUCGCCAGUGGAACUGUUCGUGUCAAACCAGGUAUCAGCGAAUUUACAGCAACUGGACUGAAAUUUGUGGAUGGUAGCAGAUUAGAAAAUGUUGAUGCGGUCAUUCUAGCUACAGGGUUCUCAUUUUCAUUUCCAAUGGCUGAAAAUGGAAAACUCAUUCCAGUGAAUGAUAACCAUGUGAAUUUGUACAAAUACAUGUAUCCAUUAGAAACGUCUAAGUUCAAUACAAUAGCAGUGAUUGGACUAGUUCAACCUUUUGGCUCGAUUAUGCCAAUUGCUGAGAUGCAGACAAGACUUUUCUAUGAAAAUUUGUUCGGACAAAAAUGUGUGCUGCCUAGUAAGGAAGAGAUGGAGAGAGAUGUUUUUGAAAAAAAACAUGAUAUGAGCUUAAGAUACGUAGAGAGUCGACGACAUACCAUCCAAGUAGAUUAUGUGAGAUAUAUGGAUGAGCUCGCUGAUCUAAUUGGCUGUAAUCCCAACCUGAAAAAACUAUUCAAAACAGAUUUUAAGCUUGCACUGAAGGUUUUACUUGGGCCCACUGUUCCUUAUGUUUAUCGUUUGGAAGGACCACAUGCUUGGGUGGGAGCGAAAAAAGCCAUAGAAACGGUCGAUGAAAGAGUCUUCAAGGCAACUGGCAAAGGAGAGUAUCAAUCAUCAAGUGUGAAGUUGUGGAUCUGUUUGAUUGUUCUCCUCGUUUUCUUAUUGUUGCUUAACCAACAUUAUGUUUGGGUUAUCACGCUGCUAUCAGCUUUUGUUUUAUUGUCAAUGUUAUAA